CCGUGAAAAGAGCAUUUCCCAAUCUCCAGUCAUGGGAAUGCUGGUAGAUCCUGAGAUCAGAGCUCACUGCUCACGACCAGAGAAUCGAAUUUUCAAGCCUUCAAGGUACGAGUACUAACGGAGCAAGUAGGAUGAGAAGCCAGACCCGAGGCAUUUGGAGUUGGGAGGGGGAAGAGGGUUUUCAAGCGAGUCUUGAGUCUUCCAAAGAAUUUCAGAUGUUUUCUUCUCUUCUGUCCACUAACAGAUACCACGCAGAGCGAUCCUCGUCCCGGGUCUGGACCCGUUCCAUGAGCAUUCAUGGGCUCUAGGCCUUUGCUAUUUGGUUUUGGGCUUGGUGCCAAUUGGAGCAUCCAUUGCAAACGGUUUGUGAAACGAGCGCAGCAAGAGCUUCGCUUCGGGGCUCUCGAAGGCCACCUUGUUCGUGUUUUCACCUUUGCAGUAUCAGCCUGGAGGACACCUCCCAAGAAGCUUCGCCUCAGUAGGGCAGAACGCUCCUUUAUUGAAGCCGGGGCACCGACUGAGCCUCGAUCAUGUGCUUCAACGUGACCACCACUCACGUGACCGGCAACACUGCGAAGGUGGGGAUGUACAUCGGCCACGAGAGCAACGAGAAGAUCGACGCCGCCAAGGCAAAGCAGCUGGGGCUCUGCGUGCUCUUCUUCUGCUUCGGGUCCUUCUUGUGCGGCCUCAUCAUUCCCAAGACCCAGGUCCACAUUGGUGGCAAAGGCCUCUAUGGCACAGCGCUCAUCGCCGAGUGUGCGCUUUUGUUGAUCGCUUACUUUGACCCCAACCAUGAGUUCGCGCCCUUCUGGGCGGCCAUGGCUUCGGGCCUUCAGAACGCCAUGUGUACCAUGCACUUUGGAGCCGUGGUGCGAACCACCCACGUCACCGGAUGCAUUACGGACAUCGGCUCCACCGCCGGCCGCGCCGCGAUCCUGCUGGUGCGGCGGCUCUUUUUGCGGGACGGCUCAGGCACACAGCUCCUGGACGAGGCCGAGCUGCACGUGGACAAGCGAAAGCUGCUGGUUCUUGUGCCUUUGUACCUCUUCUUCUUGCUGGGCUGCAUUGUAGGAGCCAUUUCGUACCGGGAGAUUUCCCACAACACCUUCUUGAUCCCUGCGGGCGUGACGGGUUGCAUGGGCCUCAUCUACAGCACCCUGCGUGAAACUUUGAAGCAAACGAUCAAGACCAUGGAGCAGACGCGAUUGGUUUCGGAUCUGGAUGAAGUUCAGGCCCGAUUGGAUCGCACGCAGAAGACGAUCCGCAGGCUGCAGCAUCGACAGAACAGCGACGUGGGCUCCCGGGAGCGUCUGCCCAACGUGGCCGAGCUGGACGAACAGAUGAAUCAAGUCGCGGAGAUGGUGAACGACAUGGAGUGGACUCUGGGUGAGAUGUAUGAUGCAGAGGAGCGUGCCCAUGCUCGACAGCGGACAGUCUGACAGGCGGCGGCCACGGCUGCCUUCGCCGCUUCAUCCAGCGACCGGAGCGCGGGCGGAGCGGACUCGGCAGAAGUCGCGAGACCGAACAGCGUCUCAAGCGGAGAGAUGUGGAGA